CUGUCUGCAAACGUGGAGUUAACUCUUAGUGUUGUUUUCCUCUAGAGAGAAUGUUCUGCACUUCAAGAGUUAAGAGGUGCUGGUGGAGCUUUCAUGCAUAUAUCAGGAGGGUAUUUCAGCUUACCUUCACUGCUUCCCAGCUAGAAUUAACCAAGUAUUGUCUAAAGGGGCCAAAACCUGAAAAGGAAAGAAGGUGCUUUUAACUUAUCCUUGCACUGCAAGUUUAGAUUAGCUGACAACAGACUCUGAAACCUGCCAUGUGCUGUUCUAAUUCUGGACACUGACUAUGUGACAUCGUGAUGCAACCUGGUUUUGCUGCUUCAGAGCUCCUUUUGGGUUGCUGUUAUUUGGUAGAUACAGUAGCAGGAGAUCCACAGGUUCUGCAAGCAGAUGCUGAAAUGUACUAUGAAAAACUGUUGAAGCAGUCAUCAUCUGCUCCUGAUGUUUUUUCCAUACCUGGAGGAGAAAAGGUUAAACUUGAAGAUUCCUGUGUGUGUUUUGUCCCUCUCUACCGAAAUAGUCCUACUUGCAAAAUGUUGCUGUUAACUGACCCACAGGAUAAAGAGACAGUUUUGGCACUUUAUAUGAACCAGCGAUGGUGGCCUGUUGAAGAUGUUGUAAAAACUGCUGACCCUUCUAGAGAGGGGUUGAUUUCGGUCCAGACGUUUGGAGAAAGGAUUGUCCUCUUUGUUCUAAACUACAUUAUUUUUGGAAUGCCGGAAGGGAAUUCAUCUAAUGGUGCGUUCUUUCUACCUCACUCUGCCACUGAGUGUGCCAAGAUACUCUGGAGAGAUGGAGAGGCUGUUGCCUUUUACUCGGUGAAGAUGAAAGGGAGUCUGUGUGAUGGUUCUACCAGUCAAUGUUACAUGCUGCCAGUUUUGGAUACUAUAUUUGUCCAGAGAAAGUAUCGAAGAGGUGGCCUAGGGAUGAAAAUGCUGCGUGAUUUCUGUCAGUCUUUCAAGACUGAGGAUGCCUUGGGGAUCAGCUGCCCUAUUUCUGCUGCCAUGUAUCAAGUUUGCCUGAAGUACUUGCAGACUUACCCUGAGGAGCAGAAGCGACUGUGGGAGGUGGAAGCACCAGGAGACUGGAGCCAGCGAGUGAAUAUCUGGUUAAAAAUUCUGAUGGAAUCAUCCCUUUCAGGAAGGCAUGGAAUUCAUUCUUGAUGUUGAGAAAGAGGCAGGAGGUGUCACAGGAAAAUAAAGAAGAUGGCAAGCAGUAGGAACUCUAAACUCACAGAGGUCUGAGCAGCAGGACACAGAGCAAAGUGAAGGUAAUAGUAACAAUGCAAAGGAUCCAGAAGAGAAGCAGAUCCUCGGGAUGCUGGAGACAAGGCCAUCAAAUGAUUCAGAAUUAUACCAUAACUGCACUCUCAAAAUACAGCAAAAUCUCAGUCUAGUUUAAAAAAAAAUGUAAUUGAAUGUUCAUAAUUUGUAACACCAGAGAGAUUUUUUCAGGUAAAGGAACAUGUUCUGUGUCUUGUUUUAAUAAAGCUUUUCUUUACUGAUG